AUGGGGAAAAAAAAGCAGGUCCGCAAGUUUGGCGAAGUAAAACGCUUGCUCAACCCCAAAGAUACCAGACUAAAACACAAUCAGAAAGAGCAGGCUGUGGCUCAAGCAAGCAAGGAAGAGAGCAAAAAGCGACACAAGGAACUCGCUCCGUCAUCCAUGUUCUUUCAGCACAAUGCCGCCUUGGGACCGCCCUACCGCGUUCUGGUGGAUACCAACUUUAUUAACUUCAGCCUCCAGAAUAAAAUCGAGCUCGUUCAGGGGAUGAUGGACUGCCUCUACGCCAAAACCAUCCCCUGCAUCACGACAUGUGUUCUUUCCGAACUCGAAAAGCUCGGUCCAAAAUACCGCAUCGCGCUGCGUGUCGCUCGCGAUCCACGCUUUGAGCGCCUCGAGUGCACACAUAAGGGCACGUACGCCGAUGAUUGCAUUAUUGAGCGCAUCAAGAGCCACAAGUGCUAUAUUGUAGCCACAUGCGAUCGCGAACUACGUCGUCGUGUGCGACAGGUACCAGGUAUCCCUCUUAUGUACAUUGCCCGACAUCGCUACCGCAUUGAGCGCCUUCCCGAUCAGGGCGCUCCAACGUGA